UUGCUUUUAAUAUAUUUCUACUCAUAUACUUGAAAAAUAAAUUGUGUUAUCAGAGGUUUUGCGAAACUGUUUGUUUCUUUACGGACAUAUUUGUGGUUGUUCCAAAACAAUCUUUGAGUAGGCGGAGCUCUGAACAGAUUGACAAAUCAACUUCAAACUGGUCUAAGAAGUCUGGUUAUCUGGUCGAAGUGUGUUCUUGAUGAAUGUCUAACAUUCAUAUUUCAAAAGUCGUAAAUAUUACGUCUGAGUAUGAAAUAUAUAUAUAUAGCAGUAUGCAGUUAGACUCGGAUUAGUCAAAUCUCAAUAACGUACACCAUGGAGAGAUUUUACACAUGCAGUUGCUUUUUCAGAGAUAAUAUUUUUCUUGAGGAAUACAAACUUCAUGUUCGUUUCGUCUCAGAAAGCCAGUUCAGGAAUGAUUAUCAAAAUACCCUCAGAUCCUUGGGCUGUGUGUCUGAAUCUCAGUUCAGAGACGUGAUUGGAAAGAUUCAUGCAGAAAUUGAGAGACGCCAGAAUCAUAAAUUGAAGUCAGCAGAGAGAGCAGCUACCAUCAAGGAGAUUUAUACACCUCUACAUCAACAUGUUUAUCAUCUACAUGAAUCAUUCCUGGCCCCAGAGCUUUUACAGAUGGUCAAAUACUGUGCUUCAAGUGAUGCAACCGUGGAAGGACUAUUGAAACUCAUCCAGACUGAAGCAGCACCAAGAGUCUUCAGAUUCCCAGUGUUCAGAAAGGAAUUCUGCAAUGACCUUAUUGAAGAGCUAGAGCAUUUUGAACAGUCUGAUGCCCCAAAGGGCAGGCCGAACACUAUGAACAAUAAUGGGAUUCUUCUUAAUGAACUGGGCUUUGAUGAGAGCUUCAUCACCCCAUUGAGGGAGGUCUAUCUGCGUCCACUCACGACUCUGCUCUACAGCGACUGUGGAGGAAGCUGCCUGGACAGUCACAAGGCUUUUGUGGUCAAGUAUGCUAUGAGUGAAGAUGUGGAACUCUGCUAUCAUUAUGACAACGCUGAAGUCACUCUAAACAUAUCACUGGGGAAAGACUUCACUGAGGGCAACCUGUUCUUUGGAGGCAUGAGACAGGUGCCUCUGAGUGAGACGGAGUGUGUGGAAGUGGAGCAUCGCGUGACUGAGGGUCUGCUUCACAGGGGCCAGCACAUGCAUGGCGCCCUGCCCAUCUCUUCAGGCACACGCUGGAACCUGAUCAUAUGGAUGCGAGCUUCACGUGAGAGGAACAAACUCUGCCCUAUGUGUGGUAAGACACCCACGCUAGUGGAGAGUAACGGAUUUAGCGAUGGCUUCACCAUGGAUCCUGACACUAGCAGAAAUGCGUCAUGUUCUUUAACAUGAUGUUGUUCAGUGCUGUUUUUGUCUAAUUUAUGGUCCUUUGCUCAGUAGUUUGGCAAUCAGGAUAAAAUGUGCCUUUUUCAAAAUCAGUACCAAAGGCGUAAAUGUUGUUGUGGUAAUUUUGACUGCAAAUGACCUGAUUAAAUAUUCAUUUGAUUGUAAAUGUUGUGGUUUUAAACCUGCUACUGUAUUUUAGUCAGUACCGUCUCUUAAUAUAUACAAGGGAUUUUUGAUGUACAAUAAAAUAUGAUAAACAAACAACACA